AUGGCCGCUGCCGUAGCGUCAGCCGCCAAUGGCGAUCAGGACAAUACUCUAGAUAGUCUCAAGCCGCCCUCGGGAGUCGUCCUGCCACCCAAGGAGAUCCGCAACAUCCUCGAAAAGACAGCCGGCUACGUUGCCCGCAACGGUGCAGUUUUCGAAGACCGUAUCCGCGAUAAAGAACAAGGCAACCCGAAAUUCAGCUUCCUCCAUCCCACCGAUGCCUACCACGAGUUUUACACAUGGCGCCUGACGGAGAUUCGCGCCGGUAGAGGCACUGAUGUCGCCGCCGGCCGAGCUGGUGAAGCGGCGCCCGCGCCAGAGAAGCCAAAGGGACCACCCAAGCCAGACGACUUUCAAUUCUCGGCCCGCAUGCCUCGCAUCAACCAAAAGGAUCUCGACGUUAUUCGUCUGACGGCGCUUUUUGUCGCCAAGAACGGCCGCCAGUGGAUGACCCAGCUUGCACAGCGCGAAACAGGCAACCCACAGUUCCAGUUCCUCAUCCCCAACCACACCCUCCACAACUUCUUCCAACACAUUAUCGACCAGUACACCAUGCUGCUGCGUGCCGGCGGCCUUGGUGGCGAGGGCGGCAAGCUGCAGGAGGAACGAAUCGAAGAGCUCAAUAAGAACAUCUCCGACAAGUUUCACGUCCUGGCGCGAGCCAAGCAGCGAGCCGAGUACAUCAAGUUUCAGGAAGAGGAGCGCAAGAAGAAGGAAGCCGAAGCCGAAGAGGCCCAAGCAGAGUUUGCGCGGAUCGACUGGGGCGACUUUGUCGUGGUGGAAACUAUUACCUUUACUGAAUCAGACGAGACGGCGAACCUGCCGCCACCAACCAACCUAUCCGAGCUGCAAUAUGCGUCUCUCGAAGACCGCAACAAGGCAUCCAUCAGCGCAAGCUUACGCAUCGAAGAGGCCAUGCCCGGCGAAGAGUUGUCGCAAGGCAGCUUUGUUCCACAGCAGCCUGCUCCCUCCUAUCCUCUCCCUGUUCACCCUGGGGCCGGUCCCCAGCAGCCACCCAACUACGUUCCUGCAUACCCUCAAGCACAAGUAUACGGUGCUGUCCAGCCGCCAUAUGGUGCUGACCCGUACGCAGAACAAGCUCGCCUUGCUCAACAACAACAGCAGGCUGAAACGGCUCGCGUGGAACCUGCAGCCGCGCCAGCUCGCCCUGGUGCGCCAGGCGGCAUGAAGAUUCGUGAAAACUACGUGCCGCGCGCCGCACAAAAGGUACAGACCAAGGCUAUGACGGUCUGCCGCAACUGUAACCAGCAGAUCCCAGUGGACGAGAUUGAGGAGCACAUGCGCAUCGAGCUGCUGGAUCCUCGCUGGAAGGAGCAAAAGUCAAGGGCAGACGCACGAUAUGCCUCCACGACCGUUUCUACGGCAGAUGUGGCAAACAACCUGAAGCGACUGGCCAGUCAACGCCGCGAUCUAUUCGACCCAGUAACAGGCCAGGAGCUGACAGAAGAGGAGCUGGCCCGGCGCAAGAAGUUGUCGCUGAACAGCUUUGGCGGCAACCCCAACAGCACGCCGCAGGCGCAGAUGAACCAUAUGCAGAAUAUCAACGUGGAGGAGCAAGUCCGCGCCAUUCACGAGAAGUUUGCCGACAAGAAAUAA